GGUUUGUUUUGAAGGAACAUGUGAGGCGAGGACCGAGCGAGACGAGGAUUCCGACAAAAUGGCUGUUUCAAAUGGACGGCAAGUCAAGAAACCGAGGGUGGUGGAGGAGCACCUCGAGUCAGACGACGGGGAGGUCAACCUCGAAGAGGUCGACAGCGGCUCAGAAAACUACGACUUUGAGCCGGGGGAUGACUUGGAGGACAUCAAGCAGGAAGUAGAAGACUGGAAUGACACGCUAGAGGACGUGGAAAUGGAACAGGACGACUUCACAGAGGAGAUCAAACAGGAAGAGGACAGUGACAGUGAGCAAUUGAAGGCUAAGAACUCGAAGAAAGGUAGUAAAUGGGAGCAGAACGCGAAGGCCUGGGGCGAUGGGGACGGCAACUUUGGUGACGUCGAGUCUGGCAGCGGGGAGGAGGAGUCUGUGUCGGAGAAUGACGGAAGAAAAAAGAAGAAGAAGAAAACGAAGAGUAAAAGCCAGACUAAACAGAAAGUGAGAAUAGAAAGAGAGGACUUGUCUGACUCUGAUGACUUAAAAGAGGAGGAGGAAGAGGGCGAGGACGAAGAUGACGGUGACGAUGACAGCGCUUCCGAAUAUGACGAAGAUGACGGCGAGCAAGAGGCUGGCAUGGGGUUAGCCAACGUUCUAAACAUGAUUUUGAAGUCAAAGAAAAAGGGCAAAGAAAUUCUCACAAAGGCCAAGAAAGAUGAUGACAGGAGAGUCCGAUUUGACGAGGACUUUGAGGUUGUAGACGAAGAAGGAAAUGUUAAAAAAGUAGUGAAAGAAGAAGAGGUAAAGAAUGCAGUCAGAAUGUCACUGCAUCAGAAACAAUUACAGAGAAAAGCGUGGAUUAACCAGUUUCACGUAAAGCCAACGAUCCUAGACAAUCGGGAAAAGGAGAAAGCGUUGAAGGUUAUUGCCACGCAUGGAGUCGUACAGUUAUUUGGCGCUAUUGAAAAACACAAGAGCAUAAUCUCCAAGAAAUUGGCAGAGACCAAGAGCGUCAUUGGAAAAGAAACGUUACUUGAAAAUAUUGGGAAAGACGAUUUCCUGAAGGUGCUCAAGAGGAAAGGCAAACACCUGGAAGACGUGUAUUCUGAAGACGAGGUUAAAAAGGAGUUUAAAGAGGAGCCCGAAGAAGUCCCAGGGAAGAAGCCGAGGUGGAGCGUCCUUUCCGAGAACUUCUACAAGGAGCCGACUCUACAGGGAUGGGAUCAAGAGAGCGACGAAGACGACUAAGGUGUUAUGUAAUUCAUAUGUUUGAGAAUGUAACAUAUUUAUGUAUUAUGCAAUUGCGAGUUCAUAAGAUUUAUAUGAAUAGGCGAAGAAAUGAAUUGUUUUUAUAAAA